AUGCCUUCCAACCUAAUCUCUUUUGAUGUCAACGGCCUUUACAUCCUCCUCUCAGACAUUGGGGCUGAAUCACAGUUCCACUGGGGCCUCUAUCUCGCAACGGCUUCGAAAGAGGGCAUUAUAUUUCAUGUGGUUAACGGCCCCCAAACGGGCUAUAACUGGGAGUAUCAACGCAAGAAAAGCUACAACGUCCCCAGCUCACUCACCCUACUGGUUGGGAUGAAAAUAGCUGUGAUGGAGCCUCUGCUGCAUGAAGCGCUGGCAGAACGGUUAGAUGCAGUUCCUGUUGCACCGUCGAGUCGGUACGGUGCCAUUACCUGUCGGGUGUGGGUCAAAGAAGCUUUGCACGCCCUCGAUGACGAGGGAUAUAUAAAGCUCACGACAACCGUUGAUAUGAUCGAAGAUGAAGUCACUUUUGCUGCCACAGAGAAUAAGUCGCACAUGCGGAGAACCACUGCUAGGAGCAGGGGAAGCAUCGCUUAG